GUCCUGGCCACAGUCACUGGAGCUAUGAAGACCGGGUGCACUGGGGUGUGGACUACCCGGACUGCAUGGGCACCAUGCAAUCACCCAUCAACAUCGACACGGCCAAGACCAUCUUCAGCCCCCAGCUGCGGCCGAUCCAGCUCUCUGGCUACAGCCUGCCUGCCAACGAGAAGCUCAAGCUGAGAAACAACGGGCACACAGUUCUCCUCGAGCUGCCUGAGUCACUGGCCAUCACUGGCGGCUAUGCCCAGCAGUACCGAGCAGUGCAGCUGCACCUGCACUGGGGCACCCCGUCGAGACCUGGCUCAGAGCACACCGUCAACGGGCGCCACUUUGCUGCGGAGAUCCAUGUGGUCCACUACAACACCAAGUACGACAGCUUUAAGGAGGCAAUGGUCCACCCAGAUGGCUUGGCCGUACUGGGUGCCUUCCUGGAGGUUGGGCCAAGGGAGAACCCAUACUAUCAGGAAAUACUUGAGCAUCUGUACAAAAUCCAAAGUGAAGGCAAGGAAGUCUUGGUGCCAGGAUUCAACAUUGCAGGUCUGCUGCCUGCCAACCUGAAACUCUACUUCCACUACAAUGGCUCUCUGACCACCCCUCCCUGCUACCAGACGGUGAAGUGGACAGUCUUCAACCAGACCAUGCUGCUCUCUUAUGACCAGAUGUCAAUGCUGGCAAUGAGCCUGAGAAACGACGACAGCAAACCUCUGGAGAACAAUUACCGUCUGGUGCAGGACCUGCACGGGCGACGGGUGCUGGCAAGUUUCCAGACCACCCUCUUUUCGUCAAAGCAGCUGCCUCCUGGUAGUGACGGCUCAGCAGCAACAGAAGGACACUCCAGCUCUUCAUUUCACGCAGGGGACGUGCUGGCCGUGCUCUUUGGGGUGCUCUUUGCCAUCACGGCGCUGGCCUUCCUGCUGUACAUCUACAAGCACCGCAGCCAGAACACACGGUGA